GUCUCACUCCAGAGAGUGAUGUACGGGCAUUAGGUUACCAUAAAACACACAUUCCCCCCCGGUGGAGGUGAGGUGACCGGCCAGGUGUCCGUCCAGGCGCCGCGGUGCCCUUGAGAAGAACCCGGACUGCCGCAGGAGGGACGGAGGAGAGAGGAGGGUCGGAGGAGCGGAGGGGCAGAUGGCAAAGGAGAGGAGGUGAUGGAGGGCUGGAGACGCUCGGUGCUUGACUGAGGCGGACCACCGGUGAAGUUCAGUCCAGUGUCCGGCUGGUUUGAGGGGCAGCAGGUGUUCGUCCGCUCUCCAGUUUCAAAAUGGAGUCCACUCACCUCCUCAGUGGCUCAAAGAAGAGAGUCAAGAUCCAUCCUCACACGGUCACAGCCAAAUACGCCACACACACCCCAUAUGCCCCCCAGCCUGGAGUUCACACACACUUCCCCCAGCCUGGAGACGACGGCUACGAUGACGCCCCGUCGUUUGAGGACUUCGGUUCUUUCUUGGAGGAGACGUCAGACAGAAAACAGCUGACGGAGAGCAAGAAGUGGCCCCUGACUCUGUUUGGGUCCAGAGAUAAAGACACGGCACCCAAACCUCAAGCUGCUGGGGGAGCGGAGGUGGGAGAGGGCGGAGCCAAAGCAGCAAAGGGGUCUGGGAAAGGGGUGGGAGAACAGCUGGCCAGCUUCGGCGAGGCGUCUGUAUCUGCAUCUCGUCUCACCUGGGUGGGGCUGCUCGGGGCCGCCCUGGCACACGGCUGUCUGAUUGUUCUGACCCGCCUGGCCUCCGAACGCUUCAGCCUCGGCCCUUUGUUCCUGGUCCUGGUCCGGUCCAUUGUACAGCUUCUGUCCGUGGCCGUACCGCUCCACAGGGGCGAGAGCCCCUUCGGACCGGAGGGCUACCGGCUGCGUCUGCUUUGUUACGGCAUCGCAUAUUCCCUCUCCCUUUGUUGCGCCUACUCGUCCCUAACCUUUGUCUCCGCUGGAAACGCAACAACAAUGUGGCGCCUGGCAACCACGGCGCUUUCAGCGACUCUGGCCUUCCUGCUCCUGGAGGAGAGGCUGGGACUGGCCGAUGGGAUCACCAUCGCUGCAGGACUGUGCGGCUUGGGACUCGUGCUUCUCCCCACAGCAGACGAAACUAACGUGGAUUCGCCAACUGACCCGGUCGUGUUCUGGAGGAGCGCGUUCGGAUGGUCCCUCUCGGCGCUGGCGGGGCUGUGGAUGGCCCUGGCCCUGGUCGGGUACCGGUCCCUGAAGGAGAGGGUGGGAGUCGGCACGGCUUUGUUCACGGUCAGCUGGACGGGCUGCCUGCUGGCCCCGGCCUCGCUGGCCCUGCUCCAGGAGGGCUGGUCGUGGCCGGUCAGCGCCCCGGCCUGGGGUCUGGUCCUGGGCCUGGUUGCGUGCUCGGUCGCCGCCUUCCUGGGAAUGACGCACGCCCUGACCAGGCUCCAUCCCGCUCUGGUGUCUGCCUCUCAGAGCCUGGAGGUAUCGGUUGCCAUGCUCCUGCAUCUGGCCGUGCUGCCGGCGGCCCCCACCGCUCCCGAGGUCGUGGGGAACGUCAUGGUCGUGCUGAGCGUCGGCUGGCUGGUUGCAAUGAAGCUGCUGCCUUCUCGAGGCGGAGGGCGCCGCCAGCGGGAGGAGUACGAGGAGAUCCUGGACUCACCGAUAAAAUAGACAUCUCUCUUCUUGUAGCACUGCACACUUGUUCUUCGCUCAGUUUCUUCUUCAUGAGAUCUCAUUCCAGUGUACAAAAAAAAAGACUACUAAAUGUUUAUGGAAGCUUUAAAUAUUUUGUAUUGUCUUCUUGCUUUCAAGAAAGUGCCAAUAUUGUGUUGUCUGCUAUGGUGACAAAGUGAUGUAAUAUUAAAAUCUCUCUGUUGAAAACAGUGCAAAUCUGUGGACACACUUCUGAUCAG